GUGAACUUUGAUCAAACUUGUGAUCGCUACUAAUCAAGAGUCAGAGAACUGAAGUGAACAUAUAUACACAUAUAUACACAUCUAUCAUAUAUAUACAUAAUCGGUGUGACUGACGAGAAGACGCCAUGAAGAGACGAGUGGUUCAAAAAACUCCUUCAGCUUCCGGAGUGGCAGCAGCUCAGAGAACUAAGCAGAGGAAAGGGGAGAAACAGUCCCGAUGGUGGCUGAAAAGAGGCUUAUUGGCCUUCUUUGUUGUCUUCAUAUUGGUGCCCACCUCGCUGAAAACACUCCCAGAUUUAAUUCAGCACUUUGUUUACACUCACAGAAUCAGGCUACCGUUCUUCCUUGACCUCCACCAACCUGCUGAUUUCUCCCUUAAUCACACAAUCAACAUGUACUUAACAUCAGAGGAGGGAAUCUCCCUCGGCGUAUGGCACACUGUCCCUGAAAGUCGGUGGAAGGAGGCACAGGGGAAGGACUUGGCGUGGUACCAGAACACUUUAAGCGAUGGAAGGCCAGUUUUCAUAUAUCUUCAUGGGAACACGAACACAAGGGCAGCCUCUCAUCGGGUGGGAGUGGCAAAAAUAUUGAGUGCACUUGAUUUCCACGUGCUGGUGGCUGACUACAGAGGGUUUGGAGACUCCACUGGGGAGCCGACUGAGGCCGGACUGACCACUGACGCCAUCUACUUGUACAAGUGGGUCAAAGCUCGCAGUGGAAACAGCCUGGUUGUCUUCUGGGGACACUCUCUUGGCACCGGUGUGGGCACCAACACUGCAGUGAAACUGAUUGAGCAAGGUGUAGUUCUUGACGGUGUCAUCUUGGAGGGUGCAUUUAAUUCUGCUAGACAGCCGCUUACAGAUCAUCCAUUUACUUGGCAUUACUGGAAAAUUCCAGGCGCUAGAUACUUUUUCCCGGAACCAUGGGCACAAAACAAGAUUAUUUUCCCUACUGAAGAAAAUUUGAAGAAAAUGAAAAGUCCAAUACUUUUCCUUCAUUCAGAGGACGAUCACCUAGUUCCCAUUUCGGUUGCUCAGCAGAUGUACGAGGUGGCAGUGAGUGCCCAGAAUGCAGAGCAAGUGAAGAUAGUUUCAUUCGAUGGUUCUCUGGGGUACCUGCACAACGGCUUGUACCGAGACCCUGGUGUGCCUGACAUCAUUAAGAACUUUGUGCUGUCGUUGUAAUGAGGGCAAGACGAUGGAAACCGAAAAACCACGCCACAUUCCAGAUGAUUUCAUUUCAAUAUUUUUAAUUUGUCUUUACCGCUGCAUAUGAAUAAUAUAAGAUCCACAAUGUUUGUGUUGAAUACAAAUACAAUUGUUUAGGGGAAUCAAUAGCUGCAAAUUAAAUUUUUUAAGUUGCUAUUUUUUUAUUAUAUCUGUCAACAAUAAAUCAUCCUGACCUAACAGAACUAUGAACAAUACUUUGAUUGUAAAUUAUUAAUAGGAUAAGAUGUUGCUACAGCAAGGGCCCUCUGUUGGGUGUGUUUGUGUGGUGAUAACGUUAAUCUUUAACACUCGGUAAUCACUUUAUUAAUCCAAGGCUUCACAUGUCUACGUUUAUCAGUAACAUUUCAGAAUAAAACAAGGAGAAAAACGAAAAACAUCUGACCCCUGACCUGGAUCAGCAAAACACAAUCUUAGUAUUCUGACUGCUGUCAGUUCAACAAUGUAUUAAUCUAUUCAUAUACAUUUAAAUGAUCUCAAUGUUACAGCAGUUUAUUCUAGCAGAUUUGGUCUAUUCUGUGAAACCAAAAUAUAAAGAUGUAUAAGUUAACCUGUGGUAAUCACAUAGAAAUUACACUCACAAACGUGCCUAUGCUUCAACAAAUUUCAAUAUGUUUGAAUUUCGCAGACCAGUUUUUUCUUUCCUAUGUCAUUUGUAAUACACUACUGCAGCCUAAUCUCUACAAAUCAAACUCAGUGAGGAACAUGGGGAGGUAUCAUUCAAUAAGGUCCAGCACUGAUAUGUAUAUAAAACAAAAUGUUGGUGCGGAUCCAGGAAUUUUUCUUUCUGCAUGUGAGACAGGUUGUUGUUGAUUUCAAGUAAUUUGUGGAUCUUGAUUUAAAUAUCUGACAUAUUUAGGCUUGAUAUAUAAUUGUGAGCAAUUGGGUGCAAAUCCAAACAAAAACCUUGAUCUAGUGAAUUUACAAGUGGUUUCAUAAGUGGACUGUUGGGCCUUGGUUUGUGUUUCACUGAGUCCUCUUCUAGUUUCAUGUAUGUUUCUACAUUUUUUAUUUGUUAAAUAACAUUUUAAAGCUCAGGAAGAUGUUACCUGUCAAAGAAGACAGGAUUGAACUACUAUUGUCCCACUUUUUGAAGAGUGAAAGAGAAAUUACCCUGAAAUACUGCUGUAGAUUGAGCAUUGUGUUAAAUAAAAAACUGCACUCUUGUUAAA